UUGAUUGUUGAUACAGGUAUAAUGAUAUAUAUAGAUUUUAGACUUGGGAAUUCCUACUCGUAAGAUAACACAAUUUUUGUACAAUAGUUCAUUCUGUUCAUAGUCACCAGACAUCUCUGUACAGUGUACCUAGUCCUAGUGCUUACUUUGAAUUUUGUAUUUGCUAAUUUAAUAGUUAUACUGCUUACAGUUAACUAAUAUAGCCUCUUGAAAACAGGUAGUUAAAUCUACCUGUCUCCGUAUCAUGGCUAUGUUUAUUGUUUAGUCAAAUUCUUAAGCUUUUAGUUUACAGUUAUUACGUGUUAUAUUAAAGUCAAGUCUUUAAAAGUAUACAAUAAUAAUAUACUGUAGUCAAUACUAAAAUUACUUACUACUGAUAAUCAAUUAAAAUGGGAACAUCAGUAUUAAAAUAUUUUAUUGAAAUCAUUAAAAAUCUUGAUUCAAUUGUACUCAUAAAACGUGAUCAACAAAUUAAUGAAAGAAGAAAUAUUAAAAAUGAUGCUGAUAAUACUUUUAUGGAAAUCGACGAAAGAAAAAAUGGAACAGUGGUGCCAAGUAAUGAAGCAUAUGAACUUGCAACAUCUAUGAUGUAUUCAGAAUGGAUGCUUGAAACACCUGAAGACAUUGAUAGUUGGAUUGCAGUAUUAUGUCCAGAAGGAAAACGAUGUUGUGUUAUUGCUCAAGAUAACAAAACAAAAACAGUUAACAAAUUUGGAACUACACUCAACAAUUUUCCAUCAUUAUUUCCUUAUGGAUGCCGUGUAUCAAAUAAUUGUCCAUCUCAUCGUAAACGUACAGUUUUAGACUGUGUAUAUAGUUUCAAGUUAAAAAAAUAUUAUGUUUUGGAUAUUAUUGAGUGGAUGGGUGUGCCAUAUACAGAUUUUGAUGCUGAAUUUAGAUUUUACUUUAUACAGAGUAAACUUAGUGAAAUACCAGGUAUCAAUGAAAAAUCAACGACAAAUUUUUAUCCGUUUGAACUUGCUCCACGAAUGGUUACUAGAGAUUUGUACCAGCAUCUUUUGGAAAAAUGUCAAUUUUUCCCUGAUAAUAUUGAAUUAGAUGGUAUUAACUUUUACUAUCCAGAAAGUUUGUACACUUCGGGUGAAACACCAUUAGUGCUUUGGCUGAAACCGUUCAUGAUACCUGAUGUCUUACAAAAGCCAGUCAAUGAUCAGUUAGCACAAUUACAUAGACCGCCUAAUUAUGUUAACGUAUUUGAAUACAGUCAAAGCUUGAAAAAGAAAAAUAGAAAAUUUAAGAAGAAGAAGAAUUCUAUUUCCAAUAAUGAUAAAAUGGAAGUAGAACAUUUAGUUGAGGUAGAAAUGGAUAAAGAUCCUGUCGUUGAAAAUGAAAUUUGUAUGGAAAACUGACGAUUGAUAUUUGAACCAAUAUAAUGUGAUAUUAUGCAUGUUUAAGAAUUGUUAUUAACUUAUUAUUCAAAUUUAAAAAUAAAACUAUUAGUUAAU